GGACGGGCGGAGAGGCGGCAGCAGAGUCAUGCAAAUCUACCAAAAAACACGAGCGACUGCACGGAGAACACUGGCGUUUACCGGCAACGACGACUCCGUCUUCCUCCCCGGAACUCCCCGUAGCUCGGGAACAAUUUGGACACGGUUUCUAAAUGUGUCCAAAUCCCUGUGACCCAGUCAAGUUUUUUUUUAUCGCCUCUUCAGGGUGUUUUUUUUUUUUUUUUUUUUUUUUUUCUGUCGGUUUUUUUUCCCUCCGGUAAAGCAGCUGCCUCGUCUACAGCUUCACUUCCUCCGGAUAAAGUCGUCAGACAAAAGGAGUAUCUGUGGUUACGUCACUUCCGGUAUCGUUCACUGAGUGGCAGUUAAUGUAAAUAAAAGUAUCUAAAAAUGUAUCAUCUACUACUAGUUGAUUGACAUCCUUACUGCAGCAGUGAAAUGGUGAUCGUACAUGGAUUUCAACCCACAUCCGUUUGUGGUUGAUUGUGUUUACUUUAUUUUAUUUUAGCUUCAAGUUCUGAGGGGGAAGCAGACAGCUAUGCUGCGUUCACGUGCUGUCGGAAGUAAUAGAGUGGCAUAAGUGUCAGGGUCAUAAGAAACUUUUUAUUGCCUACAUUUUUAAAUAUCUAAAUAUUCCUAUUAACAAAUUGCACGGCUAAACCACCUUCCCCUCAGUUAAGUAAAUUCAACUUCUAUUAAUUUCUUUUGAGUUUAUAAUGUGUGCUCUGAAAUGACUAAUUCAAUCAAAUGCAUAAUUAUCAACCUUAAUUCUAUAAAUCCUUGUACUCCUCACACUAUUACUGGGUUACCUGGGGGAGCUGACAGGCCCGUGGUCAAAGGAAUGAUUUUUACAUUUUAUGCCCUGAAGGUCUGGGGCCCCCGGGGCCCAUCCAGCCUUGAGUCUGAGGGAUCAGGGAGCACUAAGACGGAGCCAGUGAGACAUUUUCAACCAUUAUGGCUUGUGAUACUUUACAGCAUUGAUACGUGUGACUGAAGCUGCAACGGUUAGUCAAUCAAUUGAUUGACAAAACAUGAAUUAACAGUAAUGGAUUAAAUCAUUUAUAAUUUAAACACUUUUUCACACAUAAAUCCAGCUUCUCAAAUGCAACCAUUUGUUGAUUUUCCUCUAUAUUGGAGUAAAUGGAAUAUCGCUCCAAAAUCUCCAAAUCUGCACCAUAAAGUAGUAUCAUAUAAUGUAAUACAUUCAACUACAUUCUACUGCAUUCACUUUUGCACAGAUUUGAUUUUUAGAGGAUGCCUUCUUGACAAUCAAUUGUAAAAAUAGCCAAUAUAAGCUGAAUCACAUUUUUCUAAUGAAUUGAAUUGUAUGUGUACACUUGGUGAUGUUUAGUCGUCAAACAUAUGUACAUUUGUUUUUAUAUAUUAAAACAUUGAAGUAUGAAUGGCUUUCCUAGGACAUGUUUUCUCCUCAUCUCCUGCUUAAUCUCCAAAAUAAAACAAACGUUAUUCCUUUGUAUGUUUUCUUUCUUUUCUUCAUUUUUAAUGUUAUUUACGAGGUGGAGUCUCGAAAAUAUGGGCUGAUAGAUUAGCACUUGAAGGCAGCACAGUGUUACUUCCUCCAGUUGACACACAGAGUGACUUUUAGUCAGUUAGACUUUUGUUUUGAACUCCACGCAACAUAUAAAAACUCACGUCUGCUUUAAGGGAGAUCACGACAACGUUAAAUGUACUUUAUUGUUAUAUUUAUGUGUUACCGUUUUUCAACGCAGUACUUCAUCUGUCCACACAGUGUCGCUGUAAGGGUAAGGACAGUGAAACACGCCGUCUGUAUCAUCAACAUCCGGGGACACGUCUCCUCAAACACACACUGCCGAGCCGUCUGAUGCAUCUUUAUUUAUUUAAACCUAUCCAGACUUUGCUUUAAAGGCCAAUGUUGCGUCUUUGACACUUUCUGACAACCCUGUGAGUCAGCCAGGCAGUUUAAAGUUAACUCGCAGCGCUUCGCCCCGAGCUCCAGAUGGGGGAGGUGAGGAAGCUGCAGAAGAAGUUGAGACAGAUUGGAAAUCUGGAAAUAAAAAUCAGUCAAACCCCAGAGGAGCGAUUCAAGAUCUCCAGGAAGGCGGAGCUGCGUUCCAGAUUGGCUGAGCUUCAGCUGCAGCUUUCUGGCCCGCAGCAAACUCUUGGGAUUGUAGGAGACGGAAAAAAGGAGAAGAUGAAAAGACAAGUGGAGGAUGCCCCCGAGGCCCUUCCAUCACAAACGCCUCCAGCCUCCAAGAUCCUGAAGGGAGAAGAGCAGUCCAAAGCUCAGGCAACGCCAGCGCCGGCUGCCAGGCAGAAGGAAGCAGGAAGGGGAGCAGAGAUAGGCAGGCAGCAGGAAAGGACAGAGCCGGCCAAGGUGUCAGAUCACUGCCGAGACGUGUCAGGAGGCGGCUCUGACACGGACCAACUGCAGCGGGAAGAAGCUGCAUUUGCAUCCCUCAAAUCGUCUUGGGAGAAGGCGAAGUUUCGCUUGAGGCGGCUGGAGGGUCACAAUGACAUAGUCACCUGUGUGGUUGCUGUUGACAACCUGGUGGUUUCUGGAAGCCGAGACACAACGGUGAAGGUGUGGCACGUUCCCACAGCAACGGAGCAGAAGAACCUGGGGGGUCACACUGGUGGAGUCACCUGUCUGUCUGCGCCUCCCCCUGAGUACUGCAAGAGGCUGGCCCGGUCCCUGUCUUUGUCCGACAACGAGAGGUUUAUUUUGAGUGGCUCGGCAGACUGCAAUGUGAAGAUCUGGGCCCUGAGCAUUGGGCAGUGUGUCAAGUCUAUCUACACGUUCAACGCUGUGACUGCACUCUGCUUUGUGCCAGAGGAAUACGGCUACAUUAUCACCGGAUCAGACGGGGGGAAAGUUCAAGCCUGGAGCUGGCACACUUUCGAAAACUGCCAGUCAAUCAACGCUCACCAGGAAGCAGUCACCUCCAUCCAGACUCAGGGUCCAAUGGUGUUCAGCGGCGCGGCCGAGGGAGGGGUGUCAGUGUGGGAGAACCGGUGUUCGGAUCGAGACCCCCUGAGGCUGCUGCACCACUGGGGCGAAGAGGUGACCGGCUGUGGAGGGGGGUCGGGCGGGCGUCUGACACUCAGCCCGCGGGGAGACAAAUCGUUCCUGGCUUACGGUCGAGCCUGGCUCAAGAUCCUGCACUGGAGGACCGGAACCAUGUCCAGACUGACCAAUCACAACAGCAUCACCGGGAUAACAGAUUGUGUCCACCAGACAGGAGGCCUCCUAAUUGGCUCCUGCUAUGAUGUAGCGAAUGGAGAGAGCUCGCUUAACUUGUUCUCUCUGCCUCAGUGUCGGUACCUGGCCUCUCUGACCUGGCCCGAUGCUCCCAGAAUCCUCUGCUUCGCGGCGUGGACCACAGGGAGCGGAGGCCACCGCUGGGUCACUGGAGGGCGCGACCUCAUCGUAUGGGAGCAGCUCCCCAGUUCUGGGAAGCAAAGGGGUGAUGUCACAGCGAAGAGAGACAGUCGGUUGGAGUCGUGUUUGCUGGAGUCGGAGGGGGACACAGAGGAUGACGAGGAGACUGAUGAUUACGAGGACGACGAUGACGACGAUGAAGCAAAAGAGGAGGAUGGAGGGUCCGGCUCGUGGUUUCGCUGCGUUCUCCAGUGAGUGCCGGUUUCUCAAUGCUGAGGACACCACGGCCUGGAGCCAUGAAGAGGAAAUGAGAGGGUGGGAGCAUAGUGACAGUGAAGGAGGGUGCAGGGGAAUGAAGUGUGACAGACUGAGUGUCGCUGUUGGAGGGAGGGGGGGGGGGCGUAUGGAUGCAGACUACGAGAGUGUGUGUGUUGAGUGAUAGGCAGAUUGUUUUCUAUGUAAAUAUUAUUUCCACACAAUAAAGCUGUCACCUUGUGACUCUCACCUACAAAUUUGCAUCACUUGUUGUCUCUUUUUUUAUUUCAAUCUGACCCUGCCUCUUCUUCAAACACCAGUUUGUCACCCGGCUCUGCCGGCGCAGCCCUGUGUAAAUGAAUGUAAAUC